GGCCCGCACGGACCCCGGCCUGAGCGGCAUGCGGCGCUGAGGAGCGGCGGACCCGCGCAGCGGCCCCCGCGCGGCGCCAUGAACCUCCUGCCCUGCAACCCGCACGGCAACGGGCUGCUGUACGCGGGCUUCAACCAGGACCACGGGUGCUUUGCGUGUGGGAUGGAGAAUGGAUUCCGAGUCUAUAACACCGAUCCACUCAAGGAGAAAGAGAAACAAGAGUUUCUGGAAGGAGGAGUCGGCCAUGUGGAGAUGUUGUUUCGCUGCAACUAUUUAGCUUUAGUUGGUGGUGGGAAAAAGCCGAAAUACCCUCCCAACAAAGUGAUGAUCUGGGACGACCUGAAGAAGAAGACUGUCAUCGAGAUCGAGUUCUCCACGGAGGUCAAGGCGGUCAAGCUGCGGAGAGACAGAAUCGUGGUGGUGUUGGACUCCAUGAUUAAGGUGUUCACGUUCACACACAACCCUCAUCAGCUGCAUGUCUUUGAGACCUGCUACAACCCUAAAGGCCUCUGCGUCCUGUGUCCCAACAGUAACAACUCCCUCCUGGCCUUCCCGGGCACCCACACGGGCCACGUGCAGCUGGUGGACCUGGCCAGUACGGAGAAGCCGCCCGUGGACAUCCCCGCACACGAGGGCGUGCUCAGCUGUAUCGCUCUCAGCCUGCAGGGCACCAGGAUCGCAACGGCCUCGGACAAGGGGACCCUUAUAAGAAUAUUUGAUACUUCAUCAGGGCAUUUAAUCCAGGAGCUACGAAGAGGAUCUCAAGCAGCUAAUAUCUACUGCAUCAACUUCAAUCAGGACGCGUCGCUCAUCUGCGUGUCCAGUGACCACGGCACCGUGCACAUCUUCGCAGCCGAAGACCCAAAAAGGAAUAAGCAGUCAAGCCUGGCGUCAGCCAGCUUCCUUCCCAAGUACUUCAGCUCCAAGUGGAGUUUCUCCAAGUUCCAGGUCCCCUCCGGCUCUCCGUGCAUCUGUGCCUUUGGAACGGAGCCCAAUGCAGUCAUUGCGAUCUGCGCCGAUGGCAGCUACUACAAGUUCCUGUUCAGUCCCAAGGGCGAGUGUGCGCGGGAUGUGUGUGCACAGUUCCUGGAGAUGACGGACGACAGGCUGUGAUGCCCGUGGCCGCGCUCCGGGUGCCCGCGGGCUCCUGGGACCGCGUCCUGAGGCCCUGCGUGGCUGUCCUUCCAGAGCCGGGCUUACGGCUCCCACAUUAAAGAGGAUCACCGGCCCAGCUCCGCAGACGCUGCCCUGUCAUUCAGCUCUGGCAUUGGCGUUGGUGUUCCCGCUGCUCCCUCAUGCCUGCCCAGAGCAGCCGUGAUGGCAGAAGCUUGUGUCUGCAGCAGCUCCAUCAUUGCCCCCGAGCCCGCGGUGACGUGCAGGUGGGCAUGUCAGCCGAUGCAGCCUGGGCCUGCUGCACAGAGACGCAGCCGGCCGUUGCGAGCACCAGCACCACGGCCCCUGGGCCCAGCGUGGCGCCCCACGAGCCCUGGUCCUCGACCGACCGGGCUGGCUCUCCUGGUUAGACUGGGUUCAAAGGGAGUUUUCCGGUACAGACAGGGGACAAGUCAGAGGGGUCGGAGAAGGCGGUGGGUAGUUUGGGGCCCUGCCCUGCAGUGUCCACUGCCGUCUGCCUGUCACUGGGAGCGGUGGCAGCCGCUGCCCACUCCCAAGCCCCCUCCCCCUGGCAUCUGGAGGAAAACUGAACACUACCCUGAACGGGAGACAUGGCCGCACUGGUGUGGGUACAGGACCUGCGUGGUGGUGCCACCGAGCUGUGCAUUAAUUGUCUUGAGUCCUUUCCAGGAAGCCCGGUUUUAGUUUUGAGUUCAUGUUGCAGACAUUUAAACUCCACCCGACGUCGAGUUCCCGACCUGCCGGUGUCUUCACUGUGAUGUAAUCAGCUUUGUGUGUGGAUUCCAUGUCACGUAUGCAUGCUGCCUCCAUGUGUAUUUAAUCAUGAAACUUAAUUUUUGCACACUUAUUUGUACUGUUCUUUUCAAUAAAAGUGACUAAUUUUGUUGUA